AUUACGUCCAAUCAGGUGACAGGACGUGAAAAUACAUAGUUUCACGUCGGACGUGAAAAUAGCCUCUACGUUUAACAAAAUAGCGUGCAGUGUGCACUGAAAUUCCACUAUAGCAUUUAACACUACACGCUAUCUUUUAUCUAUGACUACACGAUUAAUUAUUUGAAAACAUUAGUUUUCAACAUGAACUAAGAUAAGGUAUAUCUUAGUUCAUGGUUCAUGGUUUUCAUUGUUUUCAAUAAUAAUUCUAAUAAGAAAAAAACAUCAUUAUCAAAUAUAAAUAAUAAAAUAAUUAUAAUGAUAAGAAAUAUGAUAAACCGGAAAGUUCAAAUUAGCUAAUAACGUGUCCCGUCAUAAUUGAAAAACGGUUCAUAUUAUCACAGAAUAAUAUUAUUUUAGAAAAUGCACGUCAUAUUGCACUCACAAAGUCGGUGGUGCAGAAAACGUGGACACGAGUGUUCUCAGUGAAAACAAAACACUCGCCGGUUAACUGUUAAAUUGGUCAAAUCGAAGUUUAUCUCACCUUAGUGGUUAUCACUCAAUAAUUCAUAUUUCCAUGUGAUGGUGAAUAAUCUCAUAAUGAUCAAAAUUAUAUUAUGAAUAUUAUGAUGGUUAUUGAUUGCCGGUCGGAUAUAAAAUCUCAGAAAACUAAAUAAUUGUUCAUCUUAUUAAUUAUUUAUCAUAGGUAGUACUUGUAUAGUCGUAUAGUCGAGGUUUGUUCUUGCAAAUAGUAGAUUCAUCUUACUGUUCUUUUAUUGGUAUAAUUUUGAUCAACAUGUAUACAAAUCAGUACACUCCUCAGUAUUCCCAAUAUAAUCAACAAUAUCAGCAAUAUCCAUCUAAUUACUAUCAAAUGUACAAUUAUAACCAACAACCGGCUUAUAACACUCCACCGCCAACGCAAACAGCUGCAACAUUUAUAAGCCCAAACGUACCUGUUCAACAGCCACAAGCGUCUACUUCUGGACAAAAUGUGUCAAGUAUCUGGAUGGGAAGCCUGGAGCCUUAUAUGACUGAGAGUUUCAUCACAGGUGCAUUUCAAAAGAUGGGAGAAUAUCCAAAGAAUGUUAAGUUGAUGCGCAAUAAAAAUACUGGUGAAACCGCUGGCUAUGCAUUUGUUGACUUCUAUGAUCCAGUAUCUGUUAUGCAUAAACUCAAUGGAAAAUAUAUACCGGGUACUAAUCCACCUGUUAGGUUUAAGCUCAAUCAUGCUGGAAAUCCUGGAAAAAUUACUACAAGUGAUAGAGAUUUUUCUGUGUGGUUAGGUGAACUUAGCUCAGAUGUAGAUGACUAUCAGUUAUAUAAAACAUUUGCUUGUCGCUAUCAAUCUAUACGAACAGCUAAAGUGGUCUUAGACAGUGCUGGUUACAGUAAAGGAUAUGGUUUUAUUCGUUUUGGCAGUGAAGAAGAGCAAAAACACUGUCUUAACAAUAUGAAUGGUUUUCCAGGCCUUGGUUCUAAACCUAUAAAGGUUAGCAGUGUCAUACCAAAAUCAGAACGUCAUAUUGUAGUUGCUUCAAAUGACUCUCAAGGGUACAAGGCUAGUCAAGAUUAUGGACAAUAUUUUGAAACUAACUAUUGGCAUCGAUAUUCAAUGUGGAAUCAACCUCAAAGUCAGAAAUGUGUGCUUAAGCCAGAACCAACUAUUCAAACUCCAGUUGUUAAAGCUAAUGGCAAUUUAACUCUUGUUGAUUACAAAAAGUCGAUUGACAUAGAUGCAUUAAACAAAGACCUGGUCUCACAAGAUUACAAUUUAUGGGAUGCGCUUGAAAGUUCUAAAUGGCUACCACUUUACACUAUAGAAGUUAUUUAAAUAUUAAUAAUAAUUCAAAUAUUCAAAUACAUUCUGUUAAGGUUUUCUUCUAGUCCACAUUUCUUGUAUGUACAUUACGUAAUAAUUAUAUAUAUAAAUUUUGUAUAACUAAGAGAAAUAAACUUAAGAAAUAUAACUUAAAAAAUAAAAAAGAUAGAUAUAAUUAUAACUUAUUUGAAAUGUUAUAACUUAAAGUAUAUUGGCAAUUAAGUUUAUUAAGUACCAAUUUGUUGUAUAUUAUGUUGUUUUUCUAUUAAUACGGGAUUGUGAUGUAUAUCUAUACUGUUAAUUCAUAUUUAGAUUAAUUAACUGCAAAUCAUUUUUAUUUCGUCAGUGUUCCUUAUUUAGUGCGAACACUGCUAACCAAUUAAACAAUUUUAAGAAAA